AUCCCAUUGAUAUCUCUCCUACGCUUAAUCUUCAUGUAGCAAUGACAGAUGACGCUAGCUUUUCCACUUCCAAGAAGCCCGAUGAGGAUUCCAUCCCGGUCCUUUUGCUCAAAACCAAAUCAACCCCGCGCGAUGGAUAUGAAGAGUACUUCUCUUCCUCCACGAGAAGAUAUAGCUACAAACCUAUAUUCGUUCCUGUGUUAGAGCAUGUAUUCGAUUAUCAGAAUUUAUCAAAAGUGAAAGACUUAUUUAUUUCCGGGUCGCUAAAGUGGAAAUAUGGCGGCUUGGUAUUUACGAGUCAGAGGGCUGUGGAGGGGUUCAGUAGGAUGAUUGCAGAGGAGGUUAACCAAGACAUAGCCAGCGAAGCAUCUCGCGAUCUCGCGCUCUACACCAUCGGACCAGCUACCUACCGCUCGCUGAAUACUCUGCGACAAACCCAUCUUCCACACGCAACGUUGGUAGGUGAAGAUGCAGGGACGGGUGAAAUCCUCGCACCACUUAUACUCGAGCACUAUAACGGCCUUGAGCGGAAUCAGAUAACAUACGGCAGCGCAGAAGCGGUUCAGGACCGGAGUGGAAAACUUCCUCUCCUCUUUCUCGUGGGUGAAACGCAUCGCGACAUCAUUCCCAAGACUUUGAUGUCUCCUGACCUUCCACCCAACGAGAGGAUUCAGAUCGACGAGUUGAUAGUCUACAAAACAGGCGUGAUGGAAUCGUUCAGGGAAAAUUUUGCAUCUAUACUGGAUGAGCUUGAUGCGAGCGUCGGCAGCACUGAAGGGGCUACUAAUCCGGAUGAGGGAAAUCAAAUGUCUCGGCCGCCGAUUUGGGUCGUCGUGUUUUCCCCUACGGGUUGCGACGCCAUGGUGGACAUACUUGGGAAGCAUGAUCAAAGCACCUUAAAAGCGAGCGGAAUGUCCCAGACAUACACGAAGAAACAUCAACAGCGCAAGAAUUGCUACAUAGCCACCAUCGGCCCCACGACAAGGGACCAUCUACGCUUUAAUUUUGGUGUUGAUCCCGAUGUAUGUGCGGAGAAGCCGUCUCCAGAAGGGGUAGGGGAGGGUAUUGAGAGGGUUAUAGUAAAGAGGAGUUGAAAGUCGAAUGUAUAGGGUUAGCUUUGGUGACUCAGUCAGGGAGAGCGUACAGUAGCUUCAUCAGUUCACUGAGAUUUUCAGGAGAUAUAAUUCGUAUUUGCGUGUGUACUGCGUAAUUGACCGCCGUGGUGCACAAUAGAUCAAAUUAGCUACUAUGUGGGAUACCCACACAUCUCACACUCUUUGAAUUGAGGGAAGCAGGCUGGUUACG